AUGCUCGACAGGUUCCGGCGGAACACGUCCAAGAAGAGCACGGCGAGUAUGGAGUCCAAGGAAGAGGAGAAGACCAAAGGCAGUUCAGCCUCCUCCCCAAGGACUUCCAGGGAUGUGGAUCAUGCUUGGCAACUGGAGGAUGAGAAGGACGAGGAAGUGCGGCAGGUUCGAGCUUCCAGCCCUGGACUCGCAGCCUCCCCACAGUCGGCAGGCACCUCUUCGAAGGAGUGCAGCGACCUCUUGGGUGUGAAGGGCGGAUGGUGGCGCCAUCCGAUUCGAGCCAUGUGGCGCCUUGUCCUCACCUCGGCCUUGGCCACAGCAGAUGUCGCUCUGCGGGGCGGCGGGCUCCCAAGCUGCACAGGGAAACCCAACUUCCAACUAGCGCAGACCGCCUGGUGCGGCCAACAAGUGGAACCGGUGGCCUGUUACAAGGAGCACACCAAUGCCAAUCCCAUUUGGGAUUGCCACUUGUUUGCCGACGGCUGGUGCACCAUUGGCGGCAUUGCUUGCGCAUGGCCCGGUGACACCGGUAAGCCUGUGCUGCCGCCGCUGCCGCCACCGCGGCCGCCGGUCGUGCCAGGGGAAGCAACGCGCUUUGUAACCUGGAACCUUUACGUCUUCACCUUGGCUGGAAGGAUAAAUCCCGUGGUGGAUGAGCUCAUGCGGAUGCAGCCCGAGAUCGCAGCCAUUCCAGAGAUGUGGAGUGAAAAGGACGCCAUUUUGGCACGUCUCAACCAAGUCUCAGGCAACGUGUAUGCCUUUGCCACCGGUGGGGCCACUGAACAGUUCAACGACGCUGACAUCCUCUUCCGGUCCGACAAAUGGGAGCACAUCGAUAGCAACCUAGUGCCGUUCUCUGCAGGGCGUGCAGUGAACUGGGCAGUGCUGCGGCGCAAGGCGGAUGGAUACACCCUCAUCGCAGCAGGUACCCAUCCGUUGUGCUGCCGUGGGGACUACGUCAUCAUGGAGGCCGUGGACUUUGUGACGCGGACGCUGAGCGAGGUACAGAAGCGGCAUCCGUAUCCCAUCGUGCUGAUGGGUGACUUGAACACUGGCUACUACCAGCCCUCCCAGAAGCUCUUGCGCACCGGCGCCGUCGAGGCUUAUGGCCGCCACUGGGAGGUGCCCAUGACCUUCGUGGACGCUUGGGCACAGCUGCACCCCGAGGAUCCCGACCCUUCGACCAUCAACGACGAUCCAGUGCGCCUGGACUAUGUCUACUUUCAGAAGACGCCUUUGACGGUGGGACACUCACUGGUUCAGUCGCAGAUUUGGCCUCGCGCAGCCGGAUCAGAUCACCGUGCAGUCUCUGGAGAUCUGGAUCAGAUCAACUUGACGGCCGGCCAAGCGGAGCUCUUGGAACACCACCUGGAACGGCUCUCCUCGUAUGCGCAAAAGAUCGUGCAUACCUUGGCCUUCGCCACGCGGUUCCUUCCCCAGGACCGGAGCGAAGGUGACAGAGAAGCUCACGAGGUCGAGGUGAGGAGUGAAGUGUCCAGAGGAGGUGCUUCCGAUCCACGUCCCCAGCACGACGUGGACGUGAAGGUGGCAGCGGCCCCCAAGCGGUCCACCUUGCGCUUGAAGGACCGAGAGCUGUUGCAGAUCUACCGCGGCGCACAGAUGGAGGCAUGUCUUGAAGCCGACUGGCGUGGCUUGGUCACACCGCGCACCACCGCUCGAAGCGACAUGAGCCUCUACAGCGACAGCUCCACACGGCCGGAGUCUCUCACAGGUGACGACCGCGCGCGAGUGCUGCGGACCUUGUCGGAGGCCAUGCGCGCGCCCGGGCGGACGCCCUCGGUGCUGGCGGCGGAGAUCGCCCGGGACUCCGUGCCAGCCUUGCGCGGCGUCGACCGAUUUGCCUCUCGUGCCUUGAACGAGCUGCCGAGCUGCGAGGGGAAGCCGAACUUCCAACGAGGCUUGGCGCGGCGGCGGCGAGCGUUGCGAACCAACGGGGGGUGCUGCUUGCAGAUGAGUCAGCUGUCGGCUGAGUCUGGCGGUUUUGGGAAGCCCGACUUUGGAGAACCUCCACCAGAGGAUUUGAUGACCGGUUCAACUGGUUUUGGUGCUUCCCCUGGUCGGCUGGUAGACUGUUGGGGACAUAUCCGGAGAUGGCCUUUUGAGACUGAGAGGCUGAGGCCAUUUUUCUACGUUUAUCUCAACUUCAUGUCCCCCCUGGAGGAGAGCAACGCGAAUCCCAUUUGGGAUUGCCACUUGCAGCUGGAUGCAUCCUGCUCCUUUGGCGCCUCCAAAUGUGCUUGGCCCCUUGGGAUUGAUGCCGAAGGAGGCGCAGCUGUGGCGCCAGCGAGGCAGACAUCAGGCUCGAGCGUGGGAGAGCCGACCCGCUUUGUCACCUGGAACUUGUAUGUCUUCACCUUGGCCGGGCGCAUCCAGCCCGUGGUGGACGAGCUCAUGCGCCCCUUGGGCGGAAGCAUGCAGCCUGAGAUCGCGGCGAUUCCGGAGAUGUGGCACGAGAAGCACGCGAUCUUGGAGCGCUUGAACCAGGUCUCAGGGAACAAGUAUGCAUUCGCCACAGGUGGUGCCACUGAGCAGUUCAACGACGCGGACAUCCUGUUCCGCGCUGACAAGUGGGAGCACCUGCAAUCCGACCUGGUGCCCUUCUCCGCCGGCCGCGCCGUGAACUGGGCGGCGCUGCGCCGGAAGUCCGAUGGGAAAACCCUUUUGGCCGCAGGUACGCACCCACUCUGCUGCCAGGGUGACUAUGUGGUCAUGGAAGCCGUAGACUUUGUAAUUCGCACCCUGGGCGACGUGCAGAAGCGUCAUCCGUAUCCGAUUGUCCUCAUGGGCGAUUUGAACACCGGCUACUUCCAGCCCUCUCAGCAGCUCCUGAGGCAUGGACAUAUGGAUGCCUUUGGUCGACACUGGCAGAUUCCCAUGACUUUCACUGAUGCCUGGGCAGAGCUUCACCCGGGGAACCCGGACCCCUCCACCAUCAACAACGACCCGGUGCGCUUGGACUACGUCUACUUCCAGAAGACGCCUUUGCCCGUGGGCGAUGCCAUCGUCCAGUCGCAGAUUUGGCCUCGGGCCGCCGGAUCCGAUCACCGCGCCGUGAGCGGCGACGUGGUCCUCCGCUGA